AAUAGCGUUUUCAGGCAUUAGUAAAGACGAGUUCCCGCUUACUUUUCCGCCACAGUUUAAACUAAUAGUUGUGGUCAUUUCUGUGCUGUCAGACAUACUCGUUUCUUUCUGUAGUCGACAAACAUGGAACAAAUCUCGCUCGGAAAGACAACAACAGUUAUUAAAACCUCCUGUUAGCAUCAUUUUAGUAACGUAGCAGCUAGCUAGCAGAGCAACGACUCAUCAACUGUGAUGUCUCUGCCUCCAGAGAGAGCUUCCGAGCUGAAGCAGAUCAUUCAGGAUCAUCUGAUCAGGAUGGAUAUCCACGGGAAAAUCCGAGAGGUGCUUGCAGAGACUGUGAAGGAUGACCAAGGCCCAACACACCGUCCUCUCUCUGAGGCAGAUUUCCUGAAUGCACUACAGCGCAGGGGCAUCAUUGAUGAUGUGAUGAAGGACCUACACUUCAGCAUUGGCAAACAUACAGACGCAGAAAACGGAUCCCAACCAAGACCUGCUGGUCAGCCUGUUGAGAAGAAUGUUCCUCAGCUGGGAAACACCAACAUCGACCCAUCCAGGCGAUACCUCUAUCUCCAAGUGUUAGGUGGCAAAGCCUUUUUGGAGCACCUCCAGGAGCCAGAGCCUUUACCUGGGCAGGUGUGCUCUACAUUUACACUCUACCUGCACUUCCGCAACCAGAGGUUUCACUCUAAGCCAGUUCCCUGUGCCUGUGAACCAGACCUGAAAGAAGGCUUCCUCUUAGAGAUCCACAGAGAGGGUGUAGGAAAGUGCAGCACAAUGGCUGAUUCAACAAGCAUGCUGUCUAUGUGUGACCCGGUUCACUUGGUGCUUGUCAAGACAAACACCUCCAGUGAGACAACGCUGGUAUCGUCCUACUUCCUGGACUGGAGAACCAUCCUUAGCUCAUUUAGCGGGAAGACCUGCUUUGCUGUGGAGCUGAUGGGAGUCGGGAGUGAAUCUAAAGUCCCAGCUGGUGUUUUGACUGUCAGUCUGGAGCUCUACCCUCCUCUCACAGAGACUCUAAACAGUGACAUCAUCAGCACACAGCAAUCACUGGAGAGGCAGAAGACCGCAGAGAAGGAGAGGCUAUUUUUAGUUUAUGCCAAACAGUGGUGGAGAGAGUUUCUGGAGAUACAUCCAUCACACCAAUCCAAAAUGGUCAAGAUCUUUGCACAGGAUGAGAAUGGCAUCAACAGGCCGGUGUGUUCCUACGUUCGUGUCCUUCGGGCGGGCCGGCUGCUGGAGAGCCCUCGACAGGCAGCACGCUUUGUCAGCCUGAUGGCCCACGAGAGGGCCCCGGUGGUGGGGGGAGGAAACAAGCAGGAGCAGUGGUGCACAUUAAUGGCUUUCCUGUGUAGAGGGAAGGGGGACUGUGAGGACCACGCAACCCUGCUGUGCAGCCUCCUGCUGGGCUUUGGUCUGGAUGCGUACGUGUGUGUGGGAACUAAAAACAAGGGGACUGCACACACCUGGGUCCUGACCCGCGGGACCGAUGGGAGCAUCACUUUCUGGGAAAGUCUGACAGCACACAGAUACUUGCACCAGGCCAUAGACCCUGAUGCACCACCUUUGGCCCCCCAGCCCAAACCCUCCUCCCCCUACCGGACUGUGGGCUGUGUCUUUAACCACCAGACCUUCCUGGCAAACUGCCAGUCAUCAGACUCUGUGGCGCUCUGUGUGUUUGACUUCCAGAAUCAGUCUCGCUGGAAAGCAAUGAGCAUAGACGCUCUGAAGUCUGUCUGCGCUCCAGGUUCCACCACCUCUCUGCCCCCUCUGCCUCCACUCUGUGCCCCAUCUCUGGAUGCCGCUGCUGCCAGCAACCGGCUGGAGCUCGAGAUGCGCUUCCUGGUGUCAGAGCAGAGGAAGGACCUGGAGCUGGGGACGGUGUGGGACGACCAUCUCUCCUACCUGCUGUCCUCAUCGCUGUCAGCCUACGAGUUGGAGCGCUGCACCGGUGUCUCCUGCGGCAAUGAGGAGUUCCAGGAUGCCGUGAGGAGGGCGGUGCCGGACGGACACACCUUCAAGGGCUUCCCCAUCCACUUCCUGCACCACAAUGCACGCAGGGCGUUCGCAACGUGCCUCAGGUCUCCGUUCUGUGAGGAGAUUGUGUGUUGUCGUGGAGAUCAUGUGCGGCUUGCGGUUCGGGUCCGGGUGUUUGUCUAUCCUGAGAAUGCGUGUGCAGUGUGGCUCAUGUUUGCGUGUACGUACCGCUCUGUGCUCUGACCAACAGGAACCCUUUUUAUAUCUUCACAAGAUCUUUUCAGGUGUGUUUUAGAUUUGUGUACAUACCCUUCACAAGAAUAUCUGGAGUGACACUACAUUUAGAGUUUUUACUCAGUGAAAAUGCACAUUUGUGUUUGUCGUGUCUGCUGUGAUGCUCAGGCUUUUAUUUCUUAACUUUUUAAUUGUACAGAAUUUUAAACACAGAGUUGUAUUUAUAUAUUUUUGUAAAUAAAUGAAGCUGUGAUUAUUUUA